GCCCGAGCCGCAUUGGGUGUAGGACCGCCGGUCGCCCCGCCCCUUCCGGUAGCCGCAGUAGCUGCUUCCGGUGGCGCGCCUGGCGGGCUCCGGGCUCGAGCGUCCCCAGGCGCGUUCCGCUCCUCUGCCCGCGCGAGUUACGCCUUUCCGUGUCCAGCAGCAGAGCGGAGGCCGGGCCCCGUCGCGGACACCAGUGCGAGCCCGGGUAACGGAAUGUGUUGCGAGAAGUGGAACCACGUGGCCGAAAUGCUGCUCUUCAUUGAAGACCGCGAGGAGGAGUCCAAGAUCCAUUGCCUCUGCUCCCGGGCGUUUGUGGAGGAUCGGAAGUUGUACAACUUGGGAUUAAAAGGCUACUAUGUCAAAAGCAGUGGCAAUAAUGCAGGAGACCAACUUACAGAAGAGGAGGAAGAUGGUCAUUCCAUUGGCACUGCAGAAUCACAUAGCCCAGAUGAAAGUGACCUUGAUUCUGAGGCCAAACUCAUGAGAAGUAUGGGCUUACCAAUUCAGUUUGGUAGAAUGUCUACACAUGAGACUUUUGAGGUGUCUAUGAAUGCAAGAAAUAAAGCUAAAAUGAAGCAGAAAAGAAGAAAACACCGAAAGCGGUAUUUAGAUGAAAUGGUGCAGGAAUCCUGGAGAAAUUACUGUGAAGAAGAUGACCUUGUAGUUUCAGAUGAUCCAUCCUUAGUUGAACACUGUGAGAACAACAGAACAUGUGAAAUUCAAAGCAAAACAGAUACUGAAACAGAAAAUCUUUCUGUUGAAAAUACACUGGCACCAAAGUUAGAGGUCUCAGAGAAUUGGGAAAAGUACUGGAAUGAAUAUGGAGAAGGGCUGUUGUGGCAAAGCUGGCAGGAAAAAUAUCCAGAGCAGACACUGUCUUCUGAGCCUUGGAAUCUUCCUGAUACAAAGGAAGAAUGGGAGCAACAUUACAGUCAGCUUUAUUGGUAUUAUUUGGAACAGUUUCAGUAUUGGGAAGCUCAGGGUUGGACUUUUGCUUCCUCACAAAACUGUGAUAAAGAUGUUUGCCCUUCUCACACAGAGGUUGACCAGAAUGCUGAGAGCAGUCUGAAAGCAGAUGUAACGACUUCAUCUUCACCUAACAUAGUUGGGGAUGAAAGCCCUGGCUCAAAUGAUAAUGACCACAAUGAAAUUAUUACUGGGAUUAAUAACAUAACUCUGAGUGCAGAGGAAGUAGAUCAGAGCCAGUUAGAUUCCUCUGAACCCUGGAACCAGCCACUCAGUGAAGUCAUUGCAAAAGAGUGCCCUGCCUCUGGAGGAAGUGACUCCUGUAAUGGAAUGCCCAAGGAAAGUGACAUGUCUGAGAACAGAAGCUCAGACCAACCAGCUCAAGAGUUGCAGGAGUCUUCAGGAACAGUCGCAGGUAAACAUAGAGCACACCAUGCCGGGGCUGAUGGAAGCGAGAGCGAGGAUGACCCACCUGAGCAGAAGCCCAGCAAAGUGAGGAGAAGCCAUGAAUUGGACAUUGAGGAAAACCCAGAUUCAGAGGUCGAUGACAAUGGUUUCCUUCUAGGAUUCAAGCAUGGCUCAGGACAAAAAUAUGGUGGAAUUCCAAAUUUCAGUCGUCGACAAGUCAGGUAUCUAGAGAAGAAUGUGAAAUACAAGUCAAAGUACCUGGAUAUGCGCAAGCAGAUGACUGUGAAGAACACGCACAUCCGGUUCCCGGAGGAGUCAGGGAAACCCUUUGUUAGGAAGAGUAAAGUACGGAGUAAGGUAGAAAAAUUCCUAAAAUGGGUUAACAAACAAGUAGAUGAGGAGACAUCACAGGAAUCUCUUUCUCAAAACAAAAUGCAAGACAGUUGCACAAGCAGUGACUCAGAGGAACAAGACAUGCCCUUGGAGAAAGCUGACGACCUGGUGGAGACCAGAGAUCCAGAACCUGAACAGUGUCAGACCAUCUCUUCAGCCAGUGAACUUGAGGCAGAAAAGAGUGAAGGAGUCUCCUUAGUAGCAACUGUUCCGGAGAACUGUUCAGUAGAAGAAAUACCAAACUCUCCCCAUGCAGAAACAGAAGUAGAAAUAAAGAAGAAAAAGAAGAAGAAGAAAAACAAGAACAAAAAGAUAAAUGGUCUACCACCUGAAAUAGCUUCUGUUCCAGAGUUGGCAAAAUACUGGGCCCAGAGGUACAGGCUCUUCUCUCGCUUUGAUGAUGGGGUCAAAUUGGACAAAGAGGGCUGGUUUUCAGUCACUCCUGAGAGGAUUGCUGAGCACAUUGCUGGCCGUGUCAGUCAGUCCUUCAACUGUGACAUCAUAGUCGAUGCCUUCUGUGGAGUUGGAGGAAAUACCAUUCAGUUUGCCUUAACCGGGAAAAGAGUGAUUGCCAUUGAUAUCGACCCUGUUAAAAUUGAUCUUGCUCGGAAUAAUGCUGAAGUUUAUGGGAUAGCAGAUAAGAUAGAGUUUAUCUGUGGUGAUUUCCUGCUCUUGGCUCCGUGUUUAAAAGCCGAUGUUGUGUUCCUAAGCCCACCUUGGGGGGGCCCAGAUUAUGCUACUGCAGAGACCUUUGACAUUAGAACGAUGAUGUCUCCUGAUGGCUUUGAAAUUUUCAGGCUUUCUCAGAAGAUCACUAAUAAUAUUGUUUAUUUUCUUCCAAAAAAUGCUGAUAUUGACCAGGUGGCAUCCUUGGCUGGGCUUGGAGGGCAAGUGGAAAUAGAACAGAAUUUUCUUAACAAAAAGUUAAAGACAAUCACUGCAUAUUUUGGUGACCUGAUCAGAAGACCAGCACUUCCGAAGACCACUUCUGAAGCAGAAGUGUGAUGCUGUAAAGCACAGAGCAUGUGGAGUGAGGAUGGCCAACAUGAGAGAGAGAGAGACAGGAGCGAGGCCUUCCUAGGUUCCUGGAUACUGGGUGCACAUGUAAUAUGGAAACCUCUGAGUUGUAAAGAAUGCUAAUGAAUUGGUUUGAGAUCUUCGGGUAAUAUUAACUGAUCUGUGUUGUACACAUUAAAACGUCAUCAGGGCAAGGUGGUAGCAGGUACCUGCAGUCCCAGCACUUCAAAAGAUCAUGAGUUCAAGUUCACGCUGUGCUUCCUAACAAAUCAAAGCUGGCCUGAGCUACAUGAGAUCUUGCCUCAAAAAAAAAAAAAUCAUAGAGUCUAGGCGUGUCCCUGUGCUUAAAUUAAGUGCAUCUUUAUAUGUGUAUGUUUUCAUUCUUUAAUUGUUUUAGCCUAACAUCUUUGUGUCUGUAUAAAUUACUAUUGGGUCUUUUUUAAAUAUAAAGAAAACAAAGCAGUUCUACCCACACAUGUAAUCCCUAUUGAAAUAAUGUUAUCAAUUUAAUGAUAAAACAAGAAAAGUAAAAUUCCCAUCACCUCACCUACCUUUUAUUCAACUAGCUAAAGCUAAUCACAGUUGGCAGUGCUUUGCUUUUUAACUUUUUUAUUACAUUUUUGUUUUGUCUGUAUGUGCAUGCGUGUGUGUAGAGGUCAGAGGACAAUUGCUGGGGUCCAUUCUCUACUUACACCACGUGGGUCCCUGGGAAUCAAGUUCAGGUCAUCAGGCUUUAUAACCAGAGCCUUUACCUGCUGAGCUGACCCUUUGGUCCCCUCUUAGUUCUCCUGAAGGAAAGACUGCAGUGUGACUGUGCAGUCAUUGCCUUCCCUUUGUGGAUUCUUAAUGUAUAGUAUAUGAAAUAAAUGCUUUCAUAUGAGAGAGAGAGAGAGAGAGAGAGAGAGAGAGAGAGAGAGAGAGAGAGAGAGAGAGAGAGAGAGAGAGAGAGAGAGCAUGCGCACUGUGCCCCCAGAGUCCAGGGGAGAGUGUUGGAUCCCUUGGGGCUGGAGUUACAGGUGGUUGUGAGCUGCUAGUGUGGGCACUGGGAAAUGGCACUUGGGUCCUCUGGAAGUGGAAGGAAGUUCUCAUACUUCGUGUGUAACUGAGAGUGACUUUGAGCUCCUAACCCUUCUGGCUCCACCUACUGCACCUGGCUUUUCAGUGUGUCUUGAAGGCCAUUCCAUUUCAUACAUGUCAAUCUACCUCGUGUUUUAAAUGGCUAUUUUGUAUUCCAUCAUCUGUAUAUAUAAACUAGUUCCGCACUGAGAAGCACGCAAGCUGUUUUUAUGGCUUUAUUGUUAUCAACUAUUAAGCACUGUCUUUCCUUACAGUACUUGCUGUUGAACAAGUAUUUCAGUUGCUAAGUUUCUAGGAGUUAGACCACUAGGCUUUUGUACAUUUCAGUCUUGAUAAAAAGACCAAAUUGCUUCAAUAAAGUUGAACUUGCUUUUAGGCUUAUUUAUCUCAAA